CAAAAAAGCCCUUCAAGUAUGAUUGUACUUUAAAAGCCUUGUCAAAUGACCUCUCAAUUCAGCUCAGCACACGGAACCAGCUAUCACCUUCUUCAUCCAGAGGAGAAGAUGAUCGUAUGCGUUGCGGUCGUUGGCCAUCAGAACAAUCCGCUCUACAUACAGAGCUUCACAGAGGCAGAUGACGCCCUCAAACUGCAUCACAUCGUUCACUGCUCCCUUGAUGUCGUCGAUGAGCGAGUGAACAAUCCGAAGAAGUCUGGGUCGACUCUGAAUGAGACGUUUUUGGGUCUGCUUUAUCCGACUGAAAACUAUAAAGUGUAUGGCUAUUUGACUAACACUAAGGUGAAGUUUAUCAUAGUGACCACUGAUUUAGAUGUCAGAGAUGCAGAUGUAAGAAAUUUCUUCAAGAGGUUCCAUGCCGCAUAUGUAGAUGCAGUUUCAAACCCAUUUCACGUUCCAGGUAAAAAGAUAACAUCCACAACUUUUGCAGAAAGAGUAAGCACCAUUGUCAAGUCAUUUGGAUUGAGUUCAGCUGUGUGACUGGCUCUUGUAAGAUUUAAAAUUUAUGGAUAUUCCAUUAUUUGUAGUCAUUACCUUUGUUUUCCCUCAGCAUCACCCAAAAACCAAACAAAUUUAAUAUCGUUUAGUGUGUUUUUUCUUGCUUA